UUCUUUGCGUUUCUAGUUGGUAAUGAACGCAGCCUUGGGGUUUGAUACGUACCUCGUGAUGCGACAUGGUCUGAAGUCUGAUGAUGCAGUUAAUUCUACUCCUGACUGCUCUGACAAGUCAAUUCCUGGUCACAAAUUAGGAUGCUACUUUUGUAAUGAUGUUACUGCACCAGGAAAUUCCCAGAAGGACAGAACUCUCGAUCAGCAAUGCACAGUUACGAGGCCUGGAAUCUCUUCAAUAGCCGGUGGAUUAACAGUAGAGCUUAUGGUGUCUGUUCUGCAACAUCCUAUGAGAGGCUAUGCACCUGCUAACUGCGUAGAGGAACCUUUCAGUGAAGCUAGUGAAGAAGCGAGUCCUCUGGGUUUGGUACCACAUUCUAUUCGAGGCUUUCUUGCACAGUUCCAACAAGUUCUACCGGCCAGUCACAUGUUCUCACGCUGCAUUGCUUGUUCAGACAAGGUCCUUUGUGAAUAUGAGACUCGAGGGUUUGAGUUCUUGUUACAAGCAUUCAACACUCCUGAUUACUUGGAGGACAUUACUGGUCUAACGCAGCUGCACAAAGAGACAGAAGCAGCAGAGAUUUGGGAGCUGAGUGAUGGAGAUAGCUGUGAAAUGGAGUGAGAGAGGGUGAAAUGGAAAAUGAUUUAUGCUAAUUGCUGAAGACUGCUUAAUUCUUUUAUGGUGCGUGCACCACACCACAAUCUUAUGUACAGGUGCUAAGAAUCCAUAAGAAGUUUAUAUGGUGAGAUUUGAGGUAUCUUCUUGUAUAUUAGUAUUUAAAGAAUUAACUUCAACUGAAUUUGUGACAGUUUUAUAGAAUCUAUACUGUUGCCAUCUGUUAUGAUUAUGGUUUGCUACAUUAGGCAUGUUGUGAUGCUAUAUCGAAUGAUUUACAUCUUCAUCUUCCCAGAUCCUAGAUUCUGCUAUAUGACAUUUGAAGUUACAUUUGGGCAUUGUUGAAUGUAAAAAUUAUUCUAAUGCAUUGUGGCAUUUAAGAACACAAAAGAAUUUGCAGUAAUAUAUUUAUAUUAUGUAUUUAGCCCCACAACCGACUCUCAGCGUUGUUAAUUAGGAUUACAAAAUGAAGUACAUACUUAACACUAAGGAAUCUGUUAUAUGUGGUAGGGAAUCAUUUUAAUUGCUCAUAUUUAACAGUGUCUUAAAUUCAUGCUCUGCAUUCAGGGGAUUAUAAGUCUUCUGUUAAACAUAUUUUUGACAUAACUUUGUUAAAAAUCUGUAACGAAAGGAAUAUAGAAUCAAAUACUGAUAUUUAUUGUUUGCACUUUGGAGAAAUUAUCUGGACACUGUCAGUAUUUCACUAUAGAUAGAUAUUAUUACAAGAACAUGUUGGCCCGGCAGCUGUGUCAGGUAAUUGUGAGGUAUCUGAUAAUUUUGUUUCCAUGAAACAAUACACCUUUAAAAUAUUUGUUGAA